AUGGGUCUUUUUCGACUGACACGUUAUUUGGCGUCCUCUGUGCGAUUCUUGUCAGAAAGGCAGAAUACCGACCUUAGAAAACGCUCCAAGCUGCGCCGUAAUCGCAUGGAAUCAAACUUAUCCUCAUCUAAUACAGCGGAGGCGGCGCUGUCCACGUUUUACAGUCAUUUAAACGACACCCUAACCUCUACACAUCCGAUCGACCUCACGAAGCUGCAUUGUAUUGCGGGUGUCGCGAUGCGGGAGUGUCUGCGGUGCGGCAGCGCCAGGGAGGCCAUUGCCGUAUACUACGCUUUCUGCCGAUGCGGCCUUAGCGAUCCAAUUUCGUGGUUUGCCGAGGGGAAUACCACGGCGGAGCCGAUAAGCAUGGAAAAGAUGGCGCUUGAGGCGCUGCACUGCCUUCCACACCGUGUGUGGAAGGGGACGGUAGUUUCUCAGCUUGUAAUGGCCGAGGCGAGGGAAAAGCAGAUUACGGAGCCCCCGCAAAGUCAUCCGCCAGGUCUGUCUAGCAAGCGAACGACCUCAUCGUCUGCGGAGGAAUCCGCCACAUUUUCUUUCGAUAUUACACAAGGUCCGAAAAUAUCGACAGCGGAGCGGUUCCGCAUUGAUCUCCACCGUAACAUUCAGCUACUUUGCACUUCUAAGUAUUUGCAACUUCAAAUCGGCCGAAACUUUUUAUUUAAAAAGAUGCACGAUAUCGAAGUCUCAACUUCUUUACAAGAAGAGGUUGAGGUUCAGCCGAUGUGUUUGCUCUCUAGUGGUGUGUUGUGGCAUCCUUUCGCCUACUCCACGCCGACGAUGCCAUGGGCGCAACGUUUAAGCCACUUUGAUAACUUGGGCCCCUCCUCUGUUUCAGUUAAAACCCUGAGCGAGGUUCAAUUGGAGGGGCUAGAGAGUGUUUGGGAGUCGACAGCUUCCCUACGAUCACUAUGUCGCAGCGCUCUUUUGUUUUUGACCUCACUUGCCACUGAAUGGGACCAGAUCUUCUUAAAACGCAUCUCGGAGACUCUUAUCUUGCCAGAUCAGGCACAUAAUAUUUUUCCUAUAUCAUACAAUCGACCCCAACUCUCCUCAAGUUUCACUGCGCAAGUGUCUGCAAUGGGAACAGACGAAGUUGACGUCGAUAAUAAGUGGGAACUCUCUCCACGAAAAAAGUGGACGGACCCUACGUACAGACUCUUUACAUCAGUGGCUGUCAAUUCUCCGGAAGAUGCCCUCCAGAGGGCAGAGCUUAUUGUAAAGCGUCGGAUUUACUAUAGUAUCGUGGUUCCUGAUGCACCAUACAUAUUGCUCUAUUUCAAUCAAUUACAGCAGAUGGGCAGACAUCGUGAAAUUGUUUUAACACAUGGAGUUUUACUCGACAUUCUACGCGUCGCUUUACUGAUUCGAGACCCUCGUCGUUUCAACGCCAGACGUGUCUUACGUGCUCUUAUGCUAGCGACAACAACAACGCUUACGAAGUGUAAUUUUUCCCAUUCACGACCAACAAACACCAUACCACCCUAUAAGAUGCAAGAUGGUGGGGUCACUGUGCUUGGCUUGCAGGAUGAGUUGGCGUUGUUGAAUAUAUGUCCUGAACGUCUUUACAUCGGAGAAUCUGAACUUGCCGGUGACGCUUUGGGCGGCUUAACCUAUUCACAUGCACUUCAGCGACCCGAGCAACAAUCCCGCAGUCUUGGGUAUCUUUCUGCUGUAUUAGUGGCCAAACAGCUUGAAAGAAUGGUAAAAGCCCACCGGAAAGGUCUUAGUUUCGCAACCGUGAGUAAGUCGGAGGGUAAAACACCCAAAACGAACAUUAGUCAAUUGAUGAAUGACAUCGAUGACUACACUUUCCUUCAAACAUCUCAGGCAGAGGAAUCCUUCAAUAAUCAUAAACCGCAGCUUUUCAAGAAUAAACCUCGCCCAUGCUGGUCUCGUAAUUCCGUGGUGGUUGCUACUACCAGCUCUAACACACGGUCGUUGGCUUUUACUAUAGGUAUCAAUACGUUCCCUCCAAUUAGUGUAUCAUAG